CAAAAGCCUCGCUGCUGCCUCGCCCACGGAGCACGGAAUGGAAGACAGGACUCCUCCGAAGACCUCGAAGGACCCCCGGGCCACGGAGGCCGACGGCUCAGAGACGGCUCCGUCCAAGACCCCGAAGCGAGCAAGAGGAGCCAAGAAGCAGGCUAAGGUGCCUCAACGCGACAAAGACGCGAACAAGGAGGACGACGUGUCCAAAGGCCAGGGCCCCAGGCGGAAGAGCCCGGCACUGCGACAACGCGCUUCCUCCAAGAACCGAGAAACCGCCGGGGAGCUGCAGGGCCCCGCCGCCACCGGCUCGACCAAGCACAAGACGCCCCCGGCCGCCGCCGAAGCGCCGACCUUCGGCGUAGCGGUAACCCCCGGUACGACGAGCAACCUGGAACCGGCAGCGUGGGCGGCUGUGCCAAGCGGCGCACCCGCCAACCUGGACCAAAUGCAAGCGAGUCACGUCGGGGAAGACGAGCCGAAGGUCCCGCCAGGCGACGCCGCUGAGAACGCCGCCGCGGCCGGCGGGGGUCCAGCUCGGCCCGCCGGUCCCCAGACGGAAUACACGAGAGUGAUAUCCUCGGGCGACACCCAAGCCGCGGCCGCAGGAGGCAGUAGUGACACUUUGGCGACGGCUGUCCCAACUCAGGUGGCGACGGGUUCGGGGACCGACCAGGACCCGGCAGCGCGAGUCAUAGGAACUAAGGCGAGGCCUGACCGAGGAGCGCAAGCAGGGAAAGCGGUCCAGCUGGACACCGCGCCGGCGCCACGAAGGCCCCUCCAAGCGCGCUGGAUGACGAAGACGUCGCGGGCCGAAGAGUCGUCGACCAAGGCGGCGGAGAGCCGAAAUCUGAGCCCGCCAGCCGCGAAAGGCAUACCGGUCGCGUACUACGUCGCCAUUGCCUUCGGCUCGCUGGUGCUGCUAGCCCUGGUCGUGUACCUCUUGGCUGGGACCGGCUCCAAAAAGCGUCAAUACGACACUUGCAAAACGCCGGCGUGCGCGCAGCUCUCGAAGCGUCUCCUCGAGUCCAUCAACAGGUCCGCGAACCCCUGCGACAGCUUCGACGGCUACGUCUGCGACGGCUGGCGCAGCGGCCACGACCUCAGCGUGCACGAGGACGCCUUCCAGUCGAUCCUCGGUAGACUGUACCGGGAGGUCCGGGACAUGGACGUGCCCAAGCGAGGACAGAACGCCCUGCAGCGCGCGGCGGCCUUCUACCGCAGCUGCGAACGCGUCGGGAAGGGCGACGGCGACGAGCUCCAUCUCGUGCAGGAACUGCUGGGCCAAGCGGGGGUCGUGUGGCCGCGGAGGUCGCCGACGAACGCCGACGCCCUCCAAACUAUGCUGGCCACGUCGGUGCAACUCCGCUGGGGCGCCAUCCUGGCUUUCGAGUUCUCGAACGUCGCCGGCGAGGGGCACGUUUUCGUGCACAUGGCGGAAGAGCUCAACCUGCUCAAGUGGAAGUCGGACGAGCAGCUCCACUCGGCCGACAGCCGCCAGCGCUACUUCGAAGCCCUGCGGGACCAGUUCGCGCCCGCCGUGGACAAGUCGAGUGCGGCCUACUACGACGGCGACGUCUUCGUCACCUACGAGGAGACGCAGCGGCUCGAGUCGGAGGUGCUCCGUCACUUCUUUCAGAUGUCGCCCGCCAAGGUGACGGAGAAGAUUCCCGACGGCGUCAUGUACGGCACCGUGCCCCGUCUGACGAAGGAGCGCUGGAAGGACGACCUCCGCCCCUAUACGAGCUACCUCAACGUGACGGGCCCCCUAGUGUUCCGCACGAACGCGCGCGACCUGGUGAUGCAGCUUCUGACGCAGUGGCGCGACCACGGCGAGCAGAAGAUGCACCUCCUGCUGUCCUGGUGCGCGGUCCAGAUGGCGGCGCUGUUCGCCAACCAGAAGCUCAUCGUCAACUUCUACGGCUCGAAGGAAAAGGCCGAGCUCGCGCACGGGGUGUCCUGCUUCAGCAAGGCGUUCCGCCUCGUCGGCGAUCAGGCAUUUUACGGAUCCAGCCAACAGUUCUUGCCCGUGAAGAUGCGGCCUACGGCUGAGGACAUGACACUGGGAGUGCGAACAGCCUUUCGUCGUCGUCUGGAGCGGUGGGAGUUCUACGACGACAGGGUCACCGUCGUCCAAGAUUGGAACUCCACGACCGUGGUGCUCAAGUACUUCACCGACACAAGCAACCACUUCGUCCAAUCAGUCGGUGGCAAAUUGGAGCAUGUCGGCGAAGAAGAAAUGGACAUGGGGGAGUCCCUGGUGGAUAACUGGUCCUUGGCAGCCCGGGCGUCCUUCCAGGAUCCGACGUCUCUUCGCUUGUCCGAGGACAUCGAGGAUUUAAACACGUACACACUAGUUCAAAGUGGCGAGCAGUCGCCGGACUUCUCCCUGCUGCCGUACGCGUUCGCCUUCCCGUACUUCGACGGGGGCGCCACGCGGGCCCUGAACUACGCCGGCGUGGCCAGCCGCAUGGCGGAGGCGCUGAGCCUGCUCUUCCUCGACGCCUACGACACGCAGGCGGAGAGCGCCGCCGCCCUCAGCGAGCACUUCGAGUGCAUGGAGGGCGACGCGUCGGACAUACUCGGCCGGAGGGACUGGGCUCGCCGCAUGGAGCCCAUCUCCCUGAAGGUGGCGCUGGACGCCUACAACUCGGCGGCCGGAGCCGAAACCGCGGCCGGCGACCGUCGGCUGGAGGGCCUCGAGUUCCUCUCGCGGGAACAGCUGUUCUUCGCGGCCGCGUGCUUCACCCGCUGUGCCGGCAGCCGCGCCUCCCCAGCGCGUAGGGGGGAGCCGCAGUGCGACGCCGCCUUCAGGCACGUCGAAGAGUUCGCCGCCGCGUUCGGCUGCCCCGCAGGGUCGCCGCUCAAUCCGGAGAAGCGGUGCCACAUCCUCUGACAAGAGGGGCUCCGACUCAUUUUCUUCAUUAUUAUUGGUGUCAUUAUUUUUCUUUCCUUCUUUGCUUGCGCUCUUCGAUACGGUGCGCCACUAUUCGUGAGCAUCGAGGACACGGACUCCUCGCGAAUACAAAACGCGAAUAAUUUCGUAAAGUUUCAUAACGCGCCUAUUCAAUAGAACUUUCCGUCAUGCCACGCCUCACGACGACCACAAUCUUCUGGCGCACUGCACUCCCAACCGCGUCGAUCACUCUUAAUAAGGUACGAACUGAUACACGCAAUGCAUUGUUCCCGCUCUUCGUGAUUCCUACUCUCUAGGAAUGUAACCACAUUCCCCCAAGUGUUGAAGCCAUCACCGAUACACAACAUUGGAUAACCAGGGUCAGCUGGAUGAUCGAUAGACGGUCCCGUGGGUGGUAAUGAAUAUAUAUUUUGCAUAUUGCUAACAGCCAUGCGCGCGCACUGGUUUCCCGCCACCAUUGGGAAGGUUAGACAUGCGGGCGGGCGCGCAGAACAUGCGUAAUAAAUGUUGUGGUCCGCGCGCGCUCUCCUAAAUUUCCGACUUUGCUGUCGCGUUCUGACGCACGCAUAGCGUGUUAGCUGCAAGAAAUGGCCCUGCCAAUUCAAGCUUGGCUCCCUGCAACGGGACACACAGAUUGAAUGCCUUGACAGGCUCCUCCUCUGGACCACGAACCCGUCUUUGAGUAGUCAACGUACGCUACGAAAGCAGAGCGGUGACGAUGAGGGGCCCAGACUGUGGGAGCUACAGCUUUUGAGUCUUAAUUCCUUGCGGAUUCGAUCAAAGUAAACUUCACGAGUAUUCGCUCUCUUGUGUACUGGUGUAGCUAUCUCGAGCGGUCAUCCAGCACGGCCUGGAACAAGCGGCUAUACGGUCGGAUCGUUUUGUUUCAACCCCAGUUGCCCAGCAUUUCGUCCUUAGAUCAACUAACUUUUCUGCUACCUACGCGGGUUUACUCCAGUGACAACUCGCUACGACGGUGCAGCAGUUAUUCAGUGUUAAAAGCAGAACUCGCCAUUUGUGCAUUGUUCACCUUCUCUUUCGAAUAUACUGAAGGCGUUGUGCUCCUUCCGGUGGCAGUUCCAACCUGCUCCUCGCUUUCACUUUCCUGUUAAUUGUAUACAUGUGCUCAAAACAAAUAAUAAUAUACUAAGCGACUUGUGCUUCAAAGCUACUUCACUUGAGUGCUACAAUUAGCGUGAAAAACGAGCGAACAGACGGCAUGGCCACGCAGCGGCCAAAUUGACGGGUGAAAUGUGAGUUGAACGCCGUAUUCUGCACUCUUUAAUACUUUACGGACAGAUCUGUCCGCACAAAGACAUGGUUGGCAUAUUGACACGCUGUUGUAACUGGCAUGUAGAAUUUCCCUCACAAUGGCGGCCAAAAUGAGUCUCCCGAUUGUAGCACUAGGAUUUGCGGCUUUAUCUAAGGGUCUUCCAAAAAUAUUUGCCUCGUAUUAUCGAUACUCGCACGGAACCACCCAUCUGAACUGGAUAAAAGGACCGUCGUGAGUUCAAGUGGUUAGGGACAAAUGUAAGAGAUUUGAUGCUUAGCUGAGAGCGAGAACGUAAAAAAUCGCUGAUUGGAGUAAUAUAAUGACGAUGAUUAUGAAUUGGAGCUAUGCCCUUUACAAAUCUUGCAUUCAG